CAACAUGGCAGCAGCCAUGGAAACUGAACAGCCGGGCCUUGAAAUCUUUGAAACUGCGGGCCGUGAGGAGCAGGUCCAGAGGGAAGAGCAGCCAAAACUGGAACCUUUCUAUGUAGAGAGACAUUCCUGGAGCCAGCUUCGGAAACUGCUCACAGACACACGGAAGUAUCAUGGGUACAUGAUGGCAAAAGCCCCUCACGACUUCACGUUUGUGAAGAAAAAUGAUCCCGAAGGACCUCAUUCCUAUAGGAUCUACUAUCUAGCGAUGUCUGGGGAGAACAGGGAGAACACGCUCUUCUACUCUGAAAUUCCCAAAACCAUAAACAAAGCUGCUGUGCUGUUGCUUUCCUGGAAGCCUCUUUUGGAUCUUUUUCCGGCCAUCCUGGACUAUGGGAUGUACUCUCGUGAGGAGGAGUUGCUACGAGAGAGGAAGCGAAUUGGCACCGUCGGGAUCGCCUCUUACGAUUACCACCGAGAGAGUGGCACCUUUCUGUUUCAAGCUGGGAGUGGAAUUUAUCAUGUGAAAGAUGGAGGCCCUCACGGAUUCACUCAACAGCCUUUAAGACCCAUUCUGGUAGAGACCAGUUGUCCAAAUAUCCGGAUGGAUCCCAAGCUUUGCCCAGCUGAUCCAAAUUGGAUUGCGUUUAUCCAUAGCAAUGAUAUCUGGGUAUCUAAUAUAGAAACCAGAGAGGAAAGGAGGCUAACAUUUGUGCACAAUGAACUGGCCAACGUUGAGGAGGAUCCGAAAUGUGCCGGCGUGGCCACUUUCGUGCUUCAGGAGGAGUUUGACAGAUACACUGGCUACUGGUGGAGCCCGAAGGCAGAGCCGAGUAAGUCACUGAAUGGGGGUAAAGUUCUUCGAAUUCUUUAUGAAGAAAAUGAUGAGUCAGAGGUGGAAAUUAUUCAUGUCACAUCGCCCAUGCUGGAGACGAGAAAAACAGAUUCUUUCCGAUACCCUAAAACUGGUACGGCAAAUCCAAAGGUCACUUUCAAGAUAUCUGAAGUGACAAUCAAUGCGGAAGGCAGAAUUGCAGAUGUUGUGGAUAAAGAGCUAGUUCAGCCGUUCGAGAUCCUCUUUGAAGGAGUAGAGUACAUUGCUAGAGCUGGGUGGACGCCAGAAGGAAAAUACAUCUGGUCCAUCUUACUGGAUCGCUCCCAAACCCGGCUUCAGAUAGUCUUGAUCCCUCCUGCAUUAUUCAUCCCCACAGAAGAUGAUGCAAUGGAAAGACAGAAACUUAUCGAUGCUGUGCCAGAUUCUGUUACACCUUUCAUUAUUUAUGAAGAGACAACAGACAUCUGGAUAAAUAUCCAUGAUAUCUUCUAUGUUUUCCCUCAAACCCGUGAAGAUGAGAUAGAAUUCAUUUUUGCCUCUGAGUGUAAAACAGGAUUCCGGCACCUCUACAAAGUCAUCUCAGUUUUGAAGGAGAGCAAGUAUAAACGGUCAUGUGGAGGCCUCCCCGCUCCGAGUGAUUUCAAGUGCCCCAUCAAAGAGGAGAUAGCGAUCACCAGUGGAGAGUGGGAAGUGCUUGGCAGACACGGAUCCAACAUCUAUGUGGAUGAAGCCAAAAAACUGGUGUACUUCCAAGGCACGAAAGACUCGCCUUUAGAGCAUCACUUGUAUGUUGUUAACUACGAGAAUCCUGGAGAAGUCAAGCGCCUGACAGAACGCGGUUACUCUCACGCCUGCUGUGUCAGCCAGGAUUGUGACAUGUUCAUCAGCAAGUACAGUAAUCAGAAGAACCCGCACUGUGUGUCACUUUACCGACUGACAGGACUUGAAGAUGAUGCAGCUCACAGGACAAAGGAAUUCUGGGCCACCAUUUUAGAUUCAGCAGGUAGCCCUCUUCCUGAUUACAUCCCCCCAGAAGUGUUCUCCUUCGAAAGCUCCACGGGGUUUACUCUCUAUGGAAUGAUGUACAAACCUCACAAUCUACAGCCUGGAAAGAAGUACCCCACUGUGCUCUUCAUCUACGGAGGCCCUCAGGUGCAGCUGGUGAACAAUCGCUUUAAAGGAAUCAAGUAUUUCCGUUUGAACACUUUGGCCUCUUUAGGCUACGUUGUUGUUGUCAUUGACAACAGGGGGUCCUGUCACCGAGGGCUGAAGUUUGAAGGAGCCUUUAAGUACAAAAUGGGACAAAUAGAAAUUGAUGACCAGGUGGAAGGGCUGCAGUAUUUAGCAUCCCAGUACGACUUCAUUGAUUUGGAUCGUGUUGGCAUUCAUGGCUGGUCCUACGGAGGCUACCUCUCUCUUAUGGCUUUAAUGCAGAGGUCAGAUAUCUUCAGGGUCGCCAUUGCCGGAGCACCCGUCACGCUGUGGAUUUUCUAUGACACUGGCUACACGGAACGCUACAUGGGCCACCCGGAUCACAACGAGCAGGGGUAUUACCUAGGUUCAGUGGCCAUGCAAGCCGAGAAGUUUCCUUCUGAACCAAACCGUUUGCUGCUGCUACAUGGAUUCUUGGAUGAGAAUGUUCACUUUGCACACACUAGUAUUUUGCUCAGCUUUUUGGUGAGAGCUGGGAAACCGUAUGAUUUACAGAUCUACCCUCAGGAGAGACACAGUAUAAGGGUGCCCGAGUCAGGAGAGCACUAUGAACUCCAUCUACUGUAUUACCUGCAAGAGAAUCUGGGCUCCCGUAUUGCUGCCCUGAAGGCGAUGUAACCGACCUCUGCACAACUCUGCUCCACUGGCUGCUUCACCGAACGCGGAGACGUAGGGAACCAGAGAAAACAGGAUGGAACGUUGCAUUUUGGUGCCUGCCACAUGUACACACACACACACAGACACUUUUUUUAGAAGUAAAUUUGGUGCCAUACAGGAAAUUAAAGUACAGUGACCUAAUAACUUUAAAGCUUAAGCUGUAAAUAGAAUCAAAUGUCUGUGGU